GUUUAUUAGCAUUAAAUAACAAGACUGGCAAGUUAAAUUUUCCUUUUCUAACAUCAGUGUGUGUCGCUUGAAUAACAUUAGACUGUAGUUAUCAUUAUCAUCAUCCCAGGCUGGGGGACUCUCAGCACUUUGCAAUCAGACAGAAUCAGUUCUAUUGACUGUGUGACUAAGCUCGUCCCCUACACCUCUCCAAACCUGUUUCUUCCUCUCUAAAAGAAGGACCCUAGACCUUAGUGCUAGGACUUCCUUUAAGUAUUUUGAAACCUGUAACAUGGAGUAGUUCUGAGUAAUUGUUCUGUGGAGAGGGGCUUGGCAGGCCUUUCCAGAGUCUGCCCCUCUCACUGUGCCACCUAAUUUGGAAUACCUAACAGUGACCCCAAACCUGGCCUUCAAAGCUUGUCACAAUCUUGCCUAUAAUUCAGAGACCCAAAGUCUGAAUUUGGCCUAUGGAUGGCCCAUGUAGUGUGCGUGCUUUAAUUGUUACCAUUAAUAAUUUUACAUAUAAAUUGAGUUCUCUGGGACUCUGCCAGCUAGCUGACCCCCAUCCAACCUUCACACCUGUCAUCAAACAAGAGUGCAGGUUGCCAGCUGCUUCCUUCAAUGAGUCUCCAGCUCACUAGGUCCAUGCAGGCCUUGCUCCCUCAUUUGUAAAUGAGUAGGCUCCAAAUUUGCAAUAUGGCCCUCACCUCUCUGCCUUUGUCCUUUGCCUCAUGUCCUUACAUCUGCACCAUGUGUCCCUCCAAUACUCCUCUUACAACAGUCUCCCUAUGGCACUCUCGGAAAGCCACAUAAAAAGACCAUCUCCACAUUGUGAUUUCUUCAAACUCCUCCCUUGGGCUGGCCAAGAUACAGAGGUGAGAAGCCAGGCAGCCCCUGCCCUCACAGUCCUGCACAGUCCAGACAAGAACUCACCACUUGUACUCAUAUACUCCCCUAGAAGGAUUGGGGGCCUACCAAACACAAUGGUGCCUUUAUUCUAUGCCCCCAACACCUGGCAGGGCUUGGCAGUUAGGAGCACAGUAAGUGGCAGCUUCUAUUUUAAAGGUAGUUUCGUGAGUUUAUAGAAGUUCUUUCCAUAUGUUUGCAGUAAAAAUUUCAAAGGUAACAGAAGCUCAUUAAGUGAAAGGAGGAUGUGCCCUUUUCCUAGCAUGUCCCUAUUCCAUUCCCCAGUGUGGGCUCUGUUGUAUGAGAGUUCUUUCAUUCUCUAUAUAUGCAAAUACUCUACACACUAUUCUGCAGAUGUGUUUUUUUAAUGAGAUAAUCGAAACCAAAUGAAAUAAUACAUGUAAAGUGCUUAGAUAACUCCUAGCAUUGCCAGCUACUAUUUGUUAGUACACAACAUAUGGCUUUCUUAAUCAGUAUCUGCAGAUCUCCUUUUAUUAUUGUCCCCAGGAUGAGGCUAGGGAAGUCCCUGCAGGAACUCCAUAAUGGGGAAAAGGGUGAUAUGCACUCUCCCCCAAGGUAGGGGUGGUUGGUCUAACAGAAGCCGAAUGAAAAAGGUUUACCUAUGUUUGGAGAGGAGAAAUAAGGCACCCUCCCUCUCCUUUGCUGAGAGCUGAUUAGUGACAUCCAAUCAUCUGAGGUAGGGCAGGGCUGGGGAGGUGCUCUCACUACCUAGUCCAGGCCUGAGAUUGCUGAGCACUGCUAGGCAAGGCCUCCUCUCCUGCCUACCCAGUGGAUGGGGGAGGUGCUGCUCAGGCCUGAUGCUGAUCUUUCCUGACAGCUGCUCUAAGGUUGGCAGGGCGGGUAGGCAGGGGAAGGGAACAGAUUUAAAGGUCCAGCUGCCUCAGCCCCUGCCAGAUCCGGGAAGCAGACGCUGGCUGCCAGAACUAGCGGCAUCCACCAUGCGAUUUCGACGACUGACCCCUGGCUAUUUCCGGGUGCUACAGAUGCAGAUAUCUGGGGAACUGAAGGCAGAGCCCCAGAGUCCACUGACUGGGAUUGUGGCUACACUGCUGGCUGUCCUCGGGCUGGGUGGCUCCUGCUAUGCUGUCUGGAAGAUGGUGGGGCAGCGGCAGCCACCACAGGCCCCAUGACAAAGUGGACAAAUUCUCAUCUGGGCCCUGGGGGUAUGUGACUCAGGGCUACAAUCUUGAGAGCCCACUUCUUUUCUGGGGUGGGGUGGGGUGGGGGUGGUAUCACUCCUUGCCCUGAUUAUAACCAGGAUCCUACUAUAAACCUCAUCCUAAUUACUGCUGCACCCCACCCGACAGGGGACCCCACCUUCCCACUGCACCUGGGAUCCAUGUAGGGUGCUCCAGCUCAGAUGACAGGACUGCUGAGAGAAGGUA